AAGCAGAGAACCGUGGAGAAAAAAAGGUUACUCUUUCUAUUCGUUUCAGUUUCGGGAACGAAGAAGCCAUAGCCAUGUCUAGGGAAGCUUACGCUCCACGAAACCCAAAUGAGAUCCACACCGACGUUCUCUCUAAAGCCAGGAAAGCGUGCUAUAAGGCUCGGGACUCUUUCUAUGCGUGUUUGGAGGAGGAAUCGGAGAAGAAGCCCACUGAAAUAGCCUCAGUAGGGCUGUUGUACCCAUCGGAAUGCAAAGCUGCGAGGGCAGCGUUUGUAAAACUAUGCCGGUCUUCUUGGGUGAAUCAUUUUGAUAGACAGUACUGUAAGAACAGAAGGGUUAAUCGGCUUUUGGAUGAUAGAGAAUCGAGGAGAGGAUUGCAGCAAUAGGAGCAAAAACACUUGUUCUUGGAGGAUUUGAAGUGAAUGUUGUUGUUACUUGCCUCAUUAGGUGGGUUUAUUUAUUUUUGGCAGGGGUAUGAGUAUGAGGCUUCACUUGGCCCCUGAUCAGGCAGUGGAAGUAAAUUAUUGGAUUAAUGUGCAUGCCCAAUUCAAGUCCGAGAAAGAGCUUGUAGAAUUUGAGAACUGUGUCUUCAUUAAUGUUCGUUAUGUUAUGGUUUUAAGAACUAAGUGACCCUAAACAAAGAGUGUAAUUUGAAGCUGGCACAGUGUGAGCUGUCGCAUAAAGAAUGAAAAUGUUAUAUCUUCAUAUCUUUUUUCCUAAUUACUCAAAGGGGAAAAAGAAAAAGAAAGAAAGGUCUUCUUAGAGCUCUA